CACUACCGUCGUUCGACCAGCUCCCCGGACACCUUUGGUGGGCUUCAUCGAUUUUUCACGGACAAAAACAAAGCACACACUGCUUGCAAGACAAUUGACUCCAUCAUGGACAUGUCAAGUAUGGAAAUGUCCAUGAGCGGCAUGGAAAUGCCAACGGCAACCUCAAUGGACAGCAUGGCCACGUCCACCUCUCCGGCCUCCCAUUCCGACAUGUCAAGUAUGCAUUCAAGUAUGACAAUGGACAUGUCCCACAUGAUGAUGACCUUCUUCACAUCAACAUCCACGGCGCUCUAUUCGAACAGCUGGACACCGGCGAGCAAAGGCCAGUAUGCAGGGACCUGCAUUUUCUUGAUCGGCCUGGCGGUGGUGUUCCGGUGUCUGGUCGCCGUACGAUAUCGUUUCGAUGCCCUUUGGACCGGUGCGAUGCGAAAACAAGAUCCGGCAAUCUUGCGAAAGAAGACAGAUGCGAAGCCAGAUGCUCGACCUGCUCGACGGCCUUGGAGAGUCAAUGAAGCAGCAGCUCGCGCCUUCCUCGACACUGUUCUCGCCGGCGUGAGCUAUUUGCUUAUGCUCGCAGUGAUGACGAUGAAUGUAGGAUAUUUCUUGUCAGUUCUCGGGGGCGUAUUCCUGGGCAGCUUUGUAAUUGGCGGGCCAGAAAUUACCGCAGGGCAUUGAGGAUCUGGCCUCUAAGGUAAAGAUCUUGGCCACGGCCGCAUGUAUCUGAAAUAUGAUUGUUGAGAUCUUGAAUACAGGCGCGAAACUGUAGCGCAACACUCCUCGAUGUUAUCAACACCAUUGUGCUGCCGGCCUUGCGAUUGAU